AUGAACUGUCUGUUCGCAAACAAAAAUCUACUGGGAAUCAUGGCUACUGCUAUCAUCCUUAACCAACAAACUUUACUCAAUACCGGGCUUUUCAAGGAAUGGUCACACGAAGUAUUUAAUAGUCUUAAGGACAUCGAUGAGAGUCGACAUGCAUCGCUCGAUGGCAUUGCUGAAGAAAUGGGCAAAGAUUUGCGAGAGACCAAUCUGAACAGCCAUAUUGGGAUCUGUCGCAUUCACAAUCACUUCAAGAUGAGUCCAAGUGAGAUUGUCCAGCUAUCAUUAGGAUCAUCUAUCGAUGAUCAUGCGGCAAAGGUACAAAGCAAUGCUAGAGUCGCGCAUCUCAAACCCGUCGAAAUGAAAAGCGAAUCGGAACCUAUGCCGAUUCCGUACAUGUGGGGAUUCGACAAGACCAGUCAGAAGUUUUUUCCUAUGCAGUUCUUCGACGGAUCAAAUGUCAUCAUGCAAGGUCGAUUCAUCGAGAUUAUGGCUGAGAAACGCCUUGAACUGAUUCAUUUUCUUCAUCGUUUCGUCGAUCGGGUGCAUGCCACCGGAACAGAAGAUGAUUUGGGCUUCUACCUACGAUACGACAGCUUGAUGAACAAGCAAGUCAACGAAGGCCUGGUCGAGGACACCGAUGUGAACAAUCGUAAACAGUGGAUUAUGCCAAAAACUAAGGAAGCAAUGCAGCAAACUUUGGCAGAAAUGAAGAAAGUCGACCAGGAUGCGUCUAUCACGCGUACACAUUGGUACUUCAAUGGAGAUUCAGAAAGCAAGACUAUUGAUUGUUGCCACUGCUCUCAUUGCUGUCGCCACUGA